AACCGGAAGUUGGGUGUUAGCCUUUGUUUACAUUGCUGCCGUGUGCUAGCUGGAUGAUGUGGGAACCAGCAGCAGCAGAGCGGAGUUUCACAGGCUAGUUUUCCACCUCAUAUGGCAGCAGUGUCGGUGAAAUGUCCGUUUUUUUGGCUGCUGCUGUGCCUCUACGUCCGGCUGUCCGAGGCCAAAAACACCCGAGUCUCUAUGGACGAUGACCUCCUCUUGCCGUACACCCACGGCCACGGCCCCUCCCACUCUCAUCGCCAUGUCAGGGACUGUCAGUCCGUCAUUCAUGGCAACACCACCCAUGAGAGCUGGCCCUCCAGUAACCACAGCGGGCUGCCGGUGGCCGAGUCUACGGUGUUUGUAUCAGACGUGCCGGGAAGCUCCAGAUGGGUUUACGGUCACAUGACGGUGGUCCACGACCCGCUGAGGACGGUGUCGGUGUUGGAGCCGGGUGGGCCGGGUGGCUGCGGGAUGAAUCAGAGAGCUACUGUGGAGGAUACGGCCCAGGCUGCCGGGUGUCUGUACGCCCAGAACGCCGGCUUCUUCAACACAAAAACCGGCCAGUGUCUGGGCAACGUGGUGAGCGACGGCAGAAAGGUGCAGGACAGCAACGGUGUGCAGAAUGCCCAGUUUGGAAUCCGGAGGGACGGCACGCUGGUGUUCGGGUAUCUGUCACAGGAUGAUGUUUUGGACCAGUCCAACCCGUUCGUCCAGCUGGUCAGCGGGGUGGUGUGGCUGCUGAGGAACGGCGAAGUUUACAUCAACCAGAGUCUGAUGGCCGAAUGUGACAAGACACAGGAGACAGGGAACUUCCACACUUUCAUAGACGUGGUGUCGGCCCGGACGGCGGUGGGCCACGACGCUGAGGGCAAACUGAUCCUGUUUCAGAUCGAUGGACAAACUGAACAAAGAGGUAUGAGUCUCUGGGAGGUGGCCGAGUUUCUGAAGAAGAACGGAGUCAUCAACGCCAUAAAUCUGGAUGGAGGCGGGUCUUCUACCUAUGUGAUGGAUGGCUCAUUAGCCAGCUACCCCUCUGAUCACUGUAAAUCUGACAGCAGGUGGCGCUGCGGCCGCCAUGUCUCCACCAUCCUGUGCGUUCACCCGCGGCGCUGCCAGCCGGCAAACUGCAGCGGACACGGAGACUGUGUGGACGGACGCUGUCGGUGUCAGGACGGCUGGCAGGGCGCCGCCUGCGACGCUCUGGUGUGUCAGCCGCCAGCCUGCGGUCCUCACGGUGUCUGCACUGCCGGUGGAUGCGUCUGUGAUGCUGGAUGGAGAGGAAAGAACUGCAGCCAAGUGUGCACUCCUGGUUUCUAUGGUGACGGCUGUAAUCAGACCUGCAGCUGUGUCAACGGCGGUUCCUGCGACCCCGUCCACGGACGAUGCACGUGCCCCUCUGGUUUCCACGGCAACACAUGCGAACAAGUGUGUCCUGUAGGGUUCUUCGGCCCGUCCUGCGCUCAGGAGUGUCGCUGUGACGACCUGUGUCCAUGUGACCCGCAGACAGGAAGCUGUAACGCCACGCUGCGAGGAGAGGCCAACAACACGUUACACAGAGCAGGACAUUGUUUAGCUAAACAGAUGUUUGCACUUUGGAGACGAGAUGAAGAAGCUCACAGAGAGCAGCCUUAUCUGACAGAGCGUACCUGGCUGGUGAUCACCUUCACUCUGGCCUCGCUGCUGUCCGUCAGCUUGCUGGUUCACCUCGUGCGGGCUUGCAGCGGCUCGGUGGCGGUUCACCUCCCUGAACGUCGAGACUACUCGUACGUCCCGCUGAACGACAUCAACGGAGCCACUUCUCGAGCUGGAGGAGGUGCUGGGAAAUCGGGGAAAGGGCCUUUAGUGUUGGACGACUCGGACUCUCAGGAUGAAAUCUGGACGCCGUCGGGGAGGUCGUAGCUGCCGGGAGGACCAAAGACGACGAGUGAGGACGCUCUGUCAUUGCACAAAGAGAAGCAGCUGAGUCCUGAUGGACUGACUCAGUGAAACUCUGUUUAUUUAAUCUUAAUCCUGACACAUUUCUAUCGACCCUCCUGCUGAAGCUCAAGGACGAGGCACAACAGGUUGGACUCAGCUUUUGUUUACAGAUCAAGAAAGGAAAUCCAGAAAAGAGGUCGAAGCUUUAAUUUGGAUCUGGAUGACUUGAUUUCUAACUCCAGGUAGGUUCUCAACAUCUCUGAGCUCAACUCAGGUUCAUCCAGCAUCCUGAGGCUGGUGUCGCCACGGUAACGUCACCCUGAUGUGGACCUGCUAAAAACCAAUAGGUACUUUGUUUAAACAUCAAUGGAAAUAAAAAGGACAACGAUCAUUUAAUCAGCGAUUAUUAAACAGUUUGUUUUCCCACAGUUGCUUAAAGCUUCAACCAAACAGAAGGAUUACAGUUCAACACAAUUACAAGUGCAGUUUGUCUCUGCAUAGUUACAUGUUUCCUGUAAGAACAGACAGCAGACAGCAGCGCAGAAUGUAGUCACCGAGCUAACAGAAGCUAACGUUAUGUUUAUUAGAAAUUAGCAUUUACAACAAAGCUGCUGGUAUUUCUCUACCAGGAAGCUCCGUAAAUCACCUCGGUACUGUAACCGGCCCGGUGCGGAGGUGCAGAACGUUUGUUAGCAGCAACGAGUGAAGCUGUCCGGGGCCGCAGAGGGAACACCAGCAGGUACUCUCUCCAUAAAACACCACACUGCUGCUCGACCCGGAUCACUGAGUACAGGUUUAAAGUUGUGAGUGCAGGAUGAGUCACAAACAUUUCUAAUGAUGUCCAGCAAGUUCAAAACUCUAAGACACCUUUAAAAGUCAAGGAGACAGAAAACUGAUGUUUAUGUGGCAAAAACAGUAAAAAAAAAAAAAAAAAAAAUCUACAGAAAUAGAUCUGUGACAUGAGCAGGACGAGCUUCUGAAUUCAGGGUGGGUCGGUAUGUACUGAUCCACAUGGACUGAUGUUUAUAUGUUCUGGUAUCAUUCUCACUGCUUCUUAUUUCACUGUCGCUGCGCCUGAUUCAGCUUCUCAGCUCUGCCUCACGAUGCUUCAUUAAACCUGCCUCCUGUGAAUUCAGACCAACUUGUUGAUUUUCAGCUUGUCGCCACGUAAACAGAUGAACUUUGAACUGGACGGAGGACAUUGAUCACGAUAAACCGAUACGGAAAUUUUUAUCAGACAGUUUCUAAUCAACACGAGGAUUUUUAGAUGUUUUGUCACAAUGCACUGAGACUCUGUGUCUGAAUGUAAAAUAACUAUGAUGUGCCACAUUGAGUCGUAUCAGAUGUAAACAAGAAGGACAUUUUUCUUCAUGUUGAGACGUCAGUUUAAACUCAUCUGUAGAAACGUGCCAACUUUGUAUCUCAUCCAGAUUUCUUACUGUUCAUUAAAAAAGUCUUUAUAUUGUCAUUUGUGAAUUUUGACCAAAGUCCUGAUCUGUUUCCGACAGGUUCUUUCUACCUGUUACAAAUAAAUGUAAAAAUCAGGAAUUAGUUUCACCAGAA